GUUCGAGGUUGAGCCGCAGAGCAAUUGUGCUUGUCCCACAGAGCUUGGCCAUAUUCAGCACGAGGCUGCAAAUGUAGCCACUACUUUGGGUAGAGUGCAUACUGGUUCGCAGGGGUUCGCAGGUAGGUGAUACUGACCGUACAUUUAUACGAUCGCAGAACAUCCGCUCCUUGAUCUGCAUGCAAGACCUGUUGCUCAACAUCACGACCCGAUCGCCAGCACAUUUCCGAACCAAGAACUGCCACUCAUAAUUGGGAUUCCAACAUGCCACCCAUGGCAGGAGUCGAGCAAUGCAUUGUCGCCAUUGUCUCAGCUUUUCGUGGUGGGGCCGAGCUUCUGGAAGCGACGUGGGAGCAGAGAUUCGGGAGCAGGCGACUCGCAGAGACUGAGUACGAGCUCCCGGUGAGAGAGAAGACGCUACAGAAUGCCUUGUUCGAUGCCGCGAACGUUUGCCAGUCCAAAAUGAACGAGCGACAACGUCAACUGCAGAAACGUUUCGCCAUUGGAGAUUCUAAUGCCAUGUCAGAGCUCAGCGCAAUAAUGGUCCACUUGCAAGUACAAGUCAUCAAUGCUUUGCAAACUGCGAGAUGUUCCGGAGGCGAUACUCUUGACUUCACGAGCUUGCAGAGCACUGUAAUGAUCAUGAGAAGCAACACGCUGCAAAGUAUGGAACGUCUUAGUCAACGUCUGCUCUCUGGAACAGCGUCCGACGGCAUAGCGAAGCAGCUGUUACAAAGGCGACAAUCUGAUCCAUUCGGCUCGAAGGGGUCAAAUCACUCUAUGAGCUCAACCUCGAUGCACGAUCCUGCAGUGGAACGCCGGCGUCGAUACAGGGCCAGUCUUGGUCCGCUCACCGCCGUCAGUCGAUACGAUUCCCCAACAACAGGAGCAGCAUACAUGCAGUUUCGCGCAGAAGACAGAGUGCACCUUGACCGACUAGCCUCUCUUUGGUCGAUCAGUUCAGUCAGUAGCUGUCGGAGCAUUUCCGAUUCCAGCUCCUCGUGUGGAUCGUCGAUAUCAUCUCAUAUAGGAGAGAUUGAAGUCCCAGAGACUGCACAGGCCACGCGGCGUAUUGUUCUUGCUCCGCGGGUGGAAACGAAGGCGGACGAGGGAGCCAUUCGGAAACCGCCACCAUCAGCGCUGCCUCGCCAUGAUCCAAUACCAGAGGUUCUUCACCAUCCAGCAAAGAAGGACGCGGUUCCGGAUUCUCCCGCUCCUCUUCUCGAAGCGAUGGAUCGCAAAGAUGCAUUGUCAACAAAAUCGCGCAAAAACAAGGGCUAUCAAGCUGUUUCAAAGGUUUUGAGCAGAGUUGCAAACCGUUACAGAAAGUUGCGGUCAUGAGACGCCCUAGUUGUGGACAGCAAAACGGAAACUGGGCAAUACGCUUGCUUUGCGAUCUCUCUCACACGAGCUUGAAUCUGCGGCUGCCUCGCUUGUCGAGGCAGAGUGCCUUAGCUAUGCUGCACAACGCGGAGCUACGAGGAUCAAAAAGGCACUUCAGUUCUUCGGUCAGAGGAGUAUGGAGCUUCAGUCCUGGUUUCUGUUUUGCUUUCCGGCAGCAGACGCCUUUGUUCUCGUAUGCAAGGGUGUUCUGGUAUACAUGGAUAUUUGGUAUAUAUUAGACAUUAUCGUUCUCUAGGACCUAUUCUCUUCUAGCCAUAUUACAUGCUUUUGCGCGA